GUUUGUUGCUGUUGAGUUGGCUCCAACUCACAGUGACCCCAUGUACAACAGAAUGAAUCACUGCCUGGUCCUGUGCCAGCGUCACGAUUGUUGGUAUGCAACAGCCCACUGUAGUGGCCACUGUAUUGGACAAUACUGUGAUCCAUAGGGUUUUCAUUGACUAAUUUUUGGAAGUGGAUUGCCAGGCCUUUCUUCCUAGUCUGUCUUAGUCUGAAAGUCCCCCAUGGGUGACUCUGCUGGUAUUUGAAAUACUGGUGGCAUAGCUUCCAGAAUCAUAGCGACACACAAGCUACUACAAUGUGACAAACCGACAGGUGAGUGGUGGUUGAGAAAGGAAGAAGACUGAGGAGGGAACCAAACAGGAAAGAGGCUGGCAGAAUGGCCUCAGAGGGCACAAGAUCCCACUAGCUCUGGUGACUGAAUAAAAGGAUGGUGCCCAUGGCCACCCAGGGAUGAUCACACCAGCCCGUGAGUAUCAUAUGAGCCUACUCCAUAGUUGAAAAUGGCAGUGAUCUUUGGGCCUCAGUUGCCUUAUUUGUAAAAGGAGGCAUUAUUUGUGUUAGGUGGCUCCUCCCUCCCUAUUCUAAAAUUCUAUGAAUUUUCCCCUAGCUUCUCCUUUUACAGGUAGGUCAGCUCCCUUCACAGUCCUGAUCACAGCCAGUCCCAGAGGAGUCCAGCAAAGGGUGAAAGGCAGAAGGGGACAAAGGGCCACUGUAUAGAGAGAACCGGCGAUUGACUGCAGCAGGCCUGAUUCACACUCAGAGUGUACAGCCUGCGUUGCCAGGCUGGCUUUGGAGUUAGGAUGGUACGGGAUCGGGGCUGUGGGGGUGCGGAGCCGGACAGUGCAGGAUGGUGCAGGCAGGUAGCUCACUGUCCCCUUCCUGUUUUCUCUCAUGCAGAGACCUGAGCAUGAACAACCUCACAGAGCUGAAGCCUGGCCUCUUCCACCACCUGCGCUUCCUGGAGGAGCUGCGUCUCUCCGGGAAUCAUCUCUCGCACAUCCCAGGACAAGCAUUCUCUGGUCUCUACCGCCUGAAAAUCCUGAUGCUGCAGAACAACCAGCUGGGAGGAAUCCCCGCAGAGGCGCUGUGGGAGCUGCCCAGCCUGCAGUCUCUAGACCUGAACUAUAAUAAGCUGCAGGAGUUCCCUGUGGCCAUCCGGACCCUGGGUAGACUGCAGGAACUGGGUUUCCAUAACAACAACAUCAAGGCUAUCCCAGAAAAGGCCUUCAUGGGGAACCCUUUGCUACAGACAAUCCACUUUUAUGACAACCCAAUCCAGUUUGUGGGAAGGUCAGCGUUCCAGUACCUGCCUAAGCUGCACACGCUAUCUCUGAAUGGUGCCACGGACAUCCAGGAGUUCCCAGAUCUCAAAGGCACCACGAGCCUGGAGAUCCUCACCCUGACCAGCGCAGGCAUCCGGCUGCUUCCACCAGGGAUGUGCCAACAGCUGCCCAGGCUCCGAGUCCUGGAACUGUCUCAUAAUCAAAUCGAGGAGCUGCCCAGCCUGCACUGGUGUCAGAAGUUGGAGGAAAUUGGCCUCCAGCACAACCGCAUCUGGGAAAUUGGAGCUGACACCUUCAGCCAGCUGAGCUCCCUGCGAACCCUGGACUUGAGCUGGAAUGCUAUCCGGUCCAUCCACCCUGAGGCCUUCACCACUCUGCGCUCCCUGGUCAAGCUGGACCUGACAGACAACCAGCUGACCACACUGCCCCUGGCCGGACUUGGGGGACUGAUGCAUCUGAAGCUCAAAGGGAACUUGGCUCUAUCUCAGGCCUUCUCCAAGGACAGUUUCCCAAAACUGAGGGUCCUGGAGGUGCCCUAUGCCUACCAGUGCUGUGCCUAUGGGGUCUGUGCCAGCUUCUUCAAGGCCUCUGGGCAGUGGGAAGCUGAGGACUUUCACCUUGAUGAGGAGGAGACCCCAAAGAGGUCCCUGGGCCUCCUUGCUGGACAAGCAGAGAACCACUAUGACCUGGAAGAGCUCCAGCUAGAGAUGGAGGACUCAAAGCCGCACCCCAGUGUCCAGUGUAGCCCUGUUCCAGGCCCGUUCAAGCCCUGUGAGCACCUUUUUGAGAGCUGGGGUAUCCGCCUGGCCGUGUGGGCCAUCGUGCUGCUCUCCAUCGUCUGUAAUGGGUUGGUGUUGCUGACCGUGUUUGCUGGUGGGCCCGUCCCCCUGCCCCCAGUCAAGUUUGUGGUAGGCGCAAUUGCAGGCGCCAACACUUUGACUGGCAUUUCCUGUGGCCUCCUGGCCUCAGUAGAUGCCCUGACCUUUGGCCAGUUUGCCGAAUACGGAGCCCGCUGGGAGAUGGGACUGGGCUGCCGGGCUACAGGCUUCCUGGCAGUGCUUGGGUCAGAGGCCUCUGUGCUGCUGCUCACUUUGGCCACGGUGCAGUGCAGUGUCUCCAUCUCUUGCGUCCGGGCCUACGGGAAGGCCCCCUCCCUGGGCAGUGUUCGAGCAGGGGCCCUGGGCUGCCUGAUGCUGGCAGGGCUGGCCGCAGCCCUGCCCCUCACCUCAGUGGGAGAAUACGGGGCCUCCCCGCUCUGCCUGCCUUACGCCCCGCCCGAGGGCCCGCCAGAGGCCCUGGGCUUUGCCGUGGCCUUGGUGAUGAUGAACUCCUUCUGCUUCCUGGUAGUGGCUGGUGCCUACAUCAAACUGUACUGUGACCUGCCGCGGGGUGACUUUGAGGCUGUGUGGGACUGCGCCAUGGUGAGGCAUGUGGCCUGGCUCAUUUUUGCUGAUGGGCUACUUUACUGUCCAGUGGCCUUCCUGAGCUUCGCCUCCAUGCUGGGCCUCUUUCCUGUCACCCCGGAGGCCGUCAAGUCUGUCCUACUCGUGGUACUGCCCCUGCCCGCCUGCCUCAACCCACUGCUGUACCUGCUCUUCAACCCCCACUUCCGGGAUGACCUGCGGCGGCUCAGGCCCCGUACGGGGACCCCGGGGCCCCUAGCCUGCGCUGCUGCCAGCGAGCUGGAGAAGAGCUCCUGUGACUCCACUCAGGCCUUGGUGGCCUUCUCUGAUGUGGAUCUCAUUCUGGAAGCUUCUGAGGCUGGGCGGCCCCCUGGCCUAGAGACCUAUGGCUUCCCCUCAGUGACCCUCAUCUCCUGUCAGCAGCCUAGAGGCCCCAGGCUGGAGGGCAGCCAUUUUGUAGAGCCAGAGGGGACCUACUUUGGGAACCCUCAACCUUCCAUGGAUGGAGAACUGCUGCUGAGGGCAGAGGGAGUCACGUCAGUAGGCAAGGUCUUGUCGGUAGGUGGGGGCUUCCGGCCCUCUGGCUCAUCCUUUGCCUCACACUUAUAAAUGUUCCUUGCCAUUCUUCUCAUCUCUUCCCUUCCCUCUCUCUCUCCUCCAUGAAUGAUGAAUGCUUGUAAAAUAAAUACAACCAAAAGUCAACAGUGUGAUCCACAGCAGGACACCCAAAGCCUCUGGCUCCACUGGUCUCCUCUCUUCCAUGGCCAUCACCAAUGGGUGCUACUUGACCUGGUUUCCCCUUGGCCUUCCUCAGCUUUAGACCCAUGCUGGGCCUCUUCGUCUCACGUCUGAACUUGUGGACCAAAGACCUGGAAAUUGGUCUGCCUGGGGGAAAUGAGGAAAAUAAAAGACAGUGAAUUGGGGUGGAGGAAGGUUGAGCAGGUCCAGAAUCGAAGUGCAAUGGGGGAGAAGACCUCACAGAGAAAGGCCAAGCAGGGGACUGCCAAAGGCAAUUGGGCAUUUCCCUUAUGAUUCAUGGAUAGAAGACAAAAUGUGUUCUGUGUUACACUAAUCUUGGGGUAUGCUAUGUAAAAAGACUCCCAUUGAAACAAGGUUUGGAACCGGCUACGUAUUACAUCUGUUUCUUAGAGAUUCACAAGACAUAUUAGUGUAGUAAAAAAAAAGACCCUGAGAAUUCCUGCAACGGGAAAACCUGUUGAACUUUGUUUAUUCUAGUCCCCCAAAUUAUUUGACAACAGGGUUUUUGUUUGUUUGGUUUUUGGUUUUCAUGGAAUUGCUUUUAACACCUCACAGAACUUAGCACUGCUCUCUCCCAGGGGACUCAUCUCUGAACCACCUGGUGCUACCCAGUGACAUCACAAGAGGUCGCCAAUCCUUGAAAGCCCUGAUCCUAGGAGCUUGACCUGGGGUGAGGGAGGUAGCAGAGGCAACUCUAUCUACCUUCCCACCCCUCUGAUCCUACUGGGGCAGUGGUGGGGUGGGGGUGGAGAAGGAUGGGGAGGAACCUGCUGAGUUGGGACAGAGAGAAAGAUGUGUGCUGCCACACCCUCCCAAAACCCAGGUACCAGUGGAGCUUCUGCCCUCAGCAAGAGAAGGGUUCCUGGGUCCUGGUGAGGUAUAUAGACAAGUCUGUGGCUGGAUUCUCUCUGGUGCUGAGUUGUCUUCCUGUGGUUCUGCAUCAUAUGCCCUGUGCCAUCUCCUGCCACAAGCCUGGUCUUUCCUUUUCAUCCCAGGUCCUGCCGUCUCUGUGGGUCAGGGGCCCCUAGCCAGCAAAAAGAGGGGGUAUUUGUAUUAUAGGAUGCGUUAUAGGUAUCUGGGGUUCCCUGGGUGCCCCAAAUAGGCCGCAGGUCCUUCUGCCUCUCCCCUUAUGACCUUCUACCUUAUGGUUUGCCAAGUGCCU